AUGGAGUUCCCUUACUUCACCUACGAUGCUCCCUAUCAGUGUUUCCCUCAUGACCACCAAGAAUACACCGGCCAAACAUUCACCGACGAAUUUGACACUACUGGCCAAGAUAUUGUAUUGAACUUCCCAGUUCAUGAUGCUUCAGUGGAAUCCUUGUACCCCUAUGGCCACUCCUCAAUGCAGAGAUUCUUGAAAGACACUCAACGGGCUUCACUGUUCAACCCUAUGCCGCAGUCACGUCUUCCCGGUGUUGCACAGCCUGUCAAUCCCAUUCCACCCACAGCACCCCAUGGCCGCCAGGGAUCUCCGUUUUCCUCGAACGAGCCGUCGAGUUGCAGCAGUGCUCAGAGCCCACACGCAGACACCGAGCAUUACACAGACAACACUCCAUCAACACCGUCGGAGGGAAUGUUCUUUACACCAUACGCUUCCGCGCGCGAGACCGAGUGCCAGUUUCCACUAUUUGGCAUAGGUGAAGCAUCUAGUGAGACCCGCCAAUUUAUGACAAUGGGAGACUGCAACAAAACUGAAGACUCAAAGACUGAAUGGGAAGACUCCGGCCAUGCCAUUGACUUCGAAUCGCCUCAACAAAGCUUCACCUGCGAUAGCCGGGCAACAGAAUCCGCCGAUAUAGGCAGUGUACCGACACAGACAUCUGUCGCCGUUGGUUACCACCGUUUGAACAGCCCAGAAGAUGCACCUACAGUUGUUAAAGAUGAGAUCCUGAUCCCUGAGCAAGUUGUUCUCGUUGAGAAAACAACGAGUGCAUAUCCAAGUCCUAGCGUUGGAGCGAGCGAAGACGAGCUGGAGGAGAUAGACGUCGUCCCUCCUCAGAGCGAGGAUGACGACGAUGAUGACGACUAUCACCCAGACAAGAAACGUCUCGCUUCCGCCACCCCUCGAACCAACAAGCUCAAGAGAGGCGCAGCCAAGAAGGCGCUUGAGAAAGCCGCCCCGAAAAGAGCGAGGACAACAUCGUCAGGCCCGUCCCUCAAGAUCCUGCCACCUCCGAGUACCAGGAACCAAGGCUGUUUUCCCUGUCCAGAAUGCACUCACUCGUUCAAAGACGAGUGCACUCUCCAGAGCCAUGUCAAGAAGCAGCACACCCGGCCAUUUAUUUGUGUUUUUAGAUUCGCCGGGUGCGAUUCGACCUUUGCCAGCAAGAACGAGUGGAAACGCCACGUCAUGUCCCAGCACCUCCUCCUAUAUUACUGGCUCUGCGACAUCGAUGUUUGCGCGCACAACAAGAACGACCCGACCGCGCCUCACUCUCACAGCAGCAAGCGAAGCAAAAGCCGCCGUACCGACAACGCCGCUGGUAGCGAACCAAUCGGACCGCCUCUCCCUGACGGUGCAAUCUUCAACCGCAAAGACCUGUACACUCAGCACCUGCGACGGAUGCAUACGCCUUCUCACAUCAAGAAGACGGGGUCCGCAAAGUCGUCCAAGAAGGCAUCGGCCACGGCGCAGGCAUCAUCGUGCACAACCGCUGCCGACUGGGACGACCACAUCAAGAUCCUCCAGUGCCAGGCCUUGCGCGAGCGGUGCCAGCUGCCAGAUUAUAUGCAGUGUCCCGCUUCCCGCUGCAGCCAGACCUUCACUGGCGCCGACGCGUGGGACCAGCGCAUGGAGCACGUCGCAAAACACCUCGAGAAAGCCGCUACCGGGGCAGAAGACAAGGUUGUAUUUGGCGGGCCGACAGACCCAUCGCUCAUGGCAUGGGUCUCGAGGCCCGAUGUUGCCGUGGCCCGCCAGUUGGAAUCGACUGGGGCGUGGGUGCUGAACAACCCGCUCAGGGCGGCGGGCGAGAGCCGUGCUACAGGCAGGAAGAGGUCGGUGCCGUCUACUACUUCUUCGCCUGUGGUUAAUGUGGCUUCCCCUACCGUCACGUCCGUGGCAAGUGAGAUACAUGUUGAGGAUGAAGAUGAGGAUGCCGAGGGGGAGGAAGAGUGA